AUGUCAUCAGCUUAUCAAAUCUAUCGUUCAACAACUAUUGGUUUGACUCUUCACGAUACUCUUCAUGAACUUGUUCAACGUCAAAUACUUAGUUCUCGUGCUGUCGAUUUUAUUUUUAAUGUUUUUGAUGAAAUUAUCAAUGAAAAAUUAAUUUUUCGAUCAGUCAAAGAAAAACCAGAAGCUUGUCUUUCUUUCAACGGUCAUCUUCUUUCCUAUAGAUCGUGUGAUCAAGUAUGGACGCUACUUUUUGAUUCAUUAAUAUUAACAUCAACAAAUAAAGAUUCAUCAUGGAAAAUGAAUUUAGCUAAUCAAAAUAACAAAAUAAAAAUAAUUAGUUGUCCUGCAACAAAAUUAACUUUAUCGAAUAGCGAACAAAUAACAACAGAUGAAGAUGAUUCUAAAAUAAAAUCAAAAUCUUUGAAAAAAUUUAAAUCUAAAUAA